AUGCCAAUAUUAAAUAAUUACCUCUUUGGAAACCAAUCUAAUCUCAUCAGAAACUUAAUUUUUCCUUCACGGAUUACUGUUGGGGCAGUGAUGCUGACUGAUGGUGUUUAUUGGCUUGUAAUCUUCCCAUUUCUUAACAUUUCAGAUUAUGAAAUGAGUUUUUUGACAGUUGUUGUUCAUUCCCUUAAUCUUGUUUUGGUGCUAGGAGACACUGCCAUGAAUAGCUUGCGUUUCCCUUGGUUCAGAAUAUCAUAUUUUAUCAUGUUCACUGUGUUAUAUGUGAUCUUCGAGUGGAUUGUUCAUGCCUUUGUUUCAACAUGGUGGAUAGGCAAGAUGAGGGAGUGUUCGAUGAUAUGUUUUCAGCCAGUGGUUGAUGCUUUUGAUCCAAGAUUAUUAGUGGCUCCUACUGUUUCCCAUGUCAUCAAUUUUACUACUGUCAAGGAAGAGGAUUUGUAUGAAAUUGACAUUCCACUAAAAUUCACUACUUCUGUGGGCACAAGGAUACAUGGUUUAGCAUGUUGGUUUGAUGUUCUCUUCAAUGGAAGUGCAAAGGUGGUUGACGACUGCCCCUGGUGCACCCACAACUCACUGGUAUCAACUUCGUUGUGUUCUGUCUCAACCAAUUUAUGUUAA